UGAAGUAAUACCGAUAACAACGACUGUGUAUCAAACCCGUACUAAAAACCAAAGGAAUAGUUUCAAUGGAAGAGCCAAAGGAAAGCAAACCCGAAACGCAAAUCUAGUUACAAAGACCUUUUCAUUGACCCUUUUCUCUUCCUCAUAGAUUCUCAAGUUGCUUUCAUGUAUUCAACAUGAAUACGGGGAAGUAUUCCUGAACCUUAUAUCUCUCACUCUCCAUGAAAACCUUCCAUAAAAUACCUAUUCCUUUCUUUUUAUCUUAAUUUGCCAAUUUCCAGUCAAAGAAUAUAUAUGCAGGAAGCUCCGUAUUGGAUGUGGAUGAAGAGGAAACAAAUCUUAGAGUCGGAUUCUCAACGAUCAAUGAUUUGUCUGAACAACAGGACAUGGGAAGAAAAGGCUUUUGCAGAAGAUGCAGCUGGGCCUCUUGGGGGAUGCAUAUGGCCUCCAAGAUCUUAUUCUUGUAGUUUUUGCAACAGAGAGUUCAGGUCUGCCCAAGCCCUAGGUGGUCAUAUGAAUGUUCAUAGAAGGGAUAGAGCAAGGAUGAAAGAAUCUCUUAGCUCCUCCAAUGAUGUAGCCCCCCAUCAUCAAAAUCAUCAUGACCAGAAUCGUUCCAAGUCUCUGGGUGCUCAGUUUCCAACUGAUGGUUGUAAGUUGUUUCACAAUCGAGACCCUAAACCUAGUCCUAAUAUUGUUGCAUCAAGUGCUCUAUCACCUUCGUGGGUUUCAACCUUUUACACUCCAGAAAAUUUUAGUGAACAACGUACUUCUGCGCCUGCUCAUUCUUCUUCUAUUGCUCAAUCUUUGUCCGAUCCUGUGGGCGUUAGACUUCUCAUGAGUAUCUCUGAACCAAAACAUGGAUUGGCAAAUAAUCCGAGGGAAGAAGAUUCUACAUGUUUGCGUAAUGAUGAUCAUGUUGAAACUGAAUUUUCUGUCGGUAUGAAUUCUUUUGUUUACCAAAAUCCACCAACUGGGUCCCCUGGGGAUGAGGCGAUCAGUUGCAAAAGACCCAAGACUGCUGUUUCUUCACUGUCGCUCUUUCUUAAGGCAUGUUCGGAUGCUAGAUACCACCUUCAGUCAGAGGUAACCGAAGUAGUUAAGCCAAUCAGCAUGGAGGACUUGGAUCUUGAGCUCAGGUUGGGUGAUCCAGGAUCACCUAAAGUGAAGCAGUAGGGUACAAUUAUAUAUAUGUGCCUGAUCAGGUUACAUUUUGUUUGCUGUAUGGAGAGAGAAUCUUUGAU